AUGGGUUAUAAUUAUGAUAUAGAAUAUAUUGUUUCAACGAAAAAUUGUGCAGAUGCUUUGUCUCGGAUACCAUCGGAGGCAAGUACGAGUGAUACCAGUAAUGACAUAAAGUAUCUUAACUUUGUUGAACAGUUUUUACCAAUUACGAAUGAUGAAGUAAGAAAGGCUACCGCCAAAGAUAUACUACUCAAUAGAAUAAAAUUAUAUGUUGAAUCAGGUUGGCCUACGGUUUGUCCUGACGAAGAGGUAAAACCUUACUUCACGCGACGGUAUGAGUUGUAUGUCGAGUGUGGAUGUGUGAUGUGGGGUUAUCGGAUUGUUAUACCUACUAGUUUACGGUUAUUAAUUUUAAAGCAAUUAAAUAGCGGGCAUAUGGGUAUUGUUAAAUCUAAAAGUUGUACUCGAGGCUAUAUUUGGUGGCCACGCAUUGACGAAGAGAUUGAAGCGACGUGCCGAAAUUGCGAGACAUGUUCGCGGGAGCAGAAUGCACCACCACGGUCUCCUUCACACCCAUGGCCAUACACAUCUCAACCUUGGACCCGGAUCCAUGUUGAUUUCCUCGGCUCAAUAUUAGGUAAAACAUAUUUUUUGUUAAUCGAUGCAUAUUCCAAAUGGUUCGAAAUCGUAGAAAUGAGGCAAACUAAUGCCGUGAGUGGAAUAGGAGUUCUUCAUUGCAUGUUUGCGAUUUCGGGUUGCCUGUAG